AUGUUCACCCCUAACUUUAACAUCGGGAUCCUCGGUCAUGUGGACAGUGGUAAAACCACCCUCGCUAAAGCGCUCAGUCACACAGCAUCCACUGCUUGUUUUGAUAAAAACCCUCAAAGCAAGGAACGAGGGAUUACACUGGAUCUUGGUUUUUCAUCUUUCACCAUCCCAUACCCAUCUCAUCUGGGUACUGAUCACGAGAACCUGUUGAUUACUCUGGUUGAUUGUCCUGGACAUGCGUCUCUUCUGAAGACGGUGAUCGGGGGCGCGCACAUCAUCGACUUGAUGAUACUUGUAGUGGACAUAAUAAAGGGUAUUCAGACCCAGACUGCCGAGUGUCUAAUAAUAGGGGAGCUGACUUGUGAUAAGUUGCUGGUGGUGCUCAAUAAAACUGAUUUGAUUCCUGAGGACAAACGAGCGGAUAAAAUAGCAAAGGUUCGAAAGAAAAUUUCCAUGACCCUUUCAAAAACUAAGUUUAAAAAUGCUGAAAUCAUUUCCUGCUCUGCAGCAGAAAAGGAGGGAGUAGAAAACCUGAUCAGCAUCAUAUCAAACAGUGUUGUCAUAGGACCUAGAGACUUCAGUGGAGAUUUCGUGUUUUCUGUGGAUCAUUGUUUCGGGGUAAAAGGUCAAGGAACAGUUUUAACGGGUACCUGUUUAUCAGGCUGCAUCGGUCUAAACGACACAGUUAAAAUAUCCAACACAAAACUGGAAAAGAAAAUAAAAUCAAUCCAAGUGUUCAGGAAAUCAGUAGAUAAGUUAUAUCAGGGAGACCGAGCUGGGAUCUGUGUUGCACAGUUUGAUCCGAAACUAAUAGAACGUGGUCUGGUUUACACUGGGAGUGUGGUAAAGACUGUGUACGCUGUGAUUAUUGAUAUCAAUAAGGUGGCUUAUUACAAGGGCAGUAUCACUACCAAGAUGAAGUACCAUGUCAGUAUUGGCCAUGAAACUGUCCUUGCUAAAAUCACAUUCUUUAAAACAGAAGAGGGUUCUUCAGAAGCACCCUUCAACAUGAACCAUAACUAUCUUUACCAAGAUACGUACUCGGAGGGGGAUCGUGGAUUUGCACUUCUACAAUUUGAGCAUCCUGUGCUCUGUGUUGAAGACAGUAUGGUCAUCAUCUCCCGACUUGACAUGGACAUUAACACACCCGCAUGUAGACUAGCCUUCUAUGGAAGACUUCGUCACAUCUACACCUCACAAGACUACUCAGACAAUCAGCUGUCAGAUCUGAGGAUAUUCAAGUAUAAGGAGAGGGAAGGGCAGGUGGAGCGGAUGAAUGAUGAGUAUACUGUUAUUGGAAAAGAUCUGUUCAAGAAGGAAACUGAUAUUGAUCUGUUUUCCCAUCUGGCAGUGAACCUGUCCACAGGGGAGUUGGGUAAGAUUGAGGGGAGUUUUGGGCAGAGUGGCAAGUUUAAGGUUUACGUACAGGAUGGGUUGUCGGAAAAAACAAAACUCUUGCUUGCUUCUAAAAAGAAGAAGGGUAAAGACAAUGUUGAAGUUGGAGUUGUACCUGAGAAGGUAAUGAUUAAUUUGAAGUUUAAGCGGUAUACUUUUGAUAAGAAAAAGCAAAUGUUGCAAUGA